UCCCUGUGGCCUUCAGCCUCUCUCACAUAAACUCACCACAGAAAAGAACCACACGCGUGUUUGUGAUUAUAUCACAAGCCUGUUUAGUUUAUUAUUCGAUACGGCGAAGUCGCGUAUUUUUACAGCACAACGUGCUAACAAAACCUGCUGAUUACGCCUCUGAAUACGGCAGGAUUUGUUGAUCGGAUUAGGAGCCUGGGGGGCAUUUGUGUUAUUCUCACUCCAUUAAGGAGAACUGGUUUGUUUGAUCUUAAUCCGGACUAAUUCGUCCACAACAUGCCAAACAAUAAAAUUCCAGUUGGCAGUUUCGGCCACUGAUGGCCCAUUGCUAGAUCAAUCAGCAGCCUCUUCUGGAUGGAGGUUUGUCCUGACACAUUUCUGCAGUUUGUAUAUGCGAGGACGAGCGGAAUCAAAGAGACGCUUUUCUCGCCUUUGCGUGGAGUGUCCGAGCUGCGCGAUCUGCUCUCAGAGUGGUUUGACGAUAAACGGGAGCUCGGUGGGCUGGAAUCAGACGCACCACUGUAAACUUCUGGACGGGCUCGUUCCCGAUCAGCAGCAGCUCUGCAAGCGCAACCUCGAGCUCAUGCACAGCAUUGUACGCGCGGCCAGACUCACCAAGAGCGCGUGCACGAGCUCCUUCAGUGAUAUGCGCUGGAACUGCUCGUCCAUCGAGAGCGCGCCACACUUCACCCCUGACCUGGCCAAAGGGACCCGUGAGGCAGCGUUUGUGUUUUCUCUGGCUGCUGCGGUGGUCAGUCAUGCCAUAGCUCGUGCCUGUGCAUCUGGAGACCUGCCCAGCUGUUCCUGUGCUGCAAUGCCGUCAGAGCAGGCGGCUCCUGAUUUCCGCUGGGGUGGAUGUGGAGAUAACCUUCGCUACGGCCUACAGAUGGGCUCCGCUUUCUCAGAUGCACCAAUAAGGAACCGGCGCUCGGGCCCACAGGCCUUUAGACUCAUGCAGCUUCACAACAAUGCUGUUGGCAGACAGGUGCUUAUGGACUCUCUAGAGAUGAAGUGCAAAUGUCAUGGCGUUUCUGGCUCAUGCUCUGUAAAGACCUGUUGGAAGGGUCUUCAAGACAUCAGCACCAUCUCCGCCGACCUCAAGUCUAAAUACCUGUCGGCCACCAAGGUGAUUCCGCGUCAGAUUGGCACACGCCGGCAGCUUGUGCCCCGAGAGAUGGAGGUGAGGCCGGUUGGAGAGAAUGAACUAGUCUACCUGGUCAGCUCACCGGAUUACUGCACACAGAACGCCAAACAGGGGUCACUGGGGACCACAGACAGGCAGUGUAACAAGACGGCGAGCGGCAGUGAGAGCUGUGGGCUGAUGUGUUGUGGACGGGGUUAUAAUGCCUACACAGAGGUGCUGGUGGAGCGCUGCCAGUGUAAAUACCACUGGUGCUGUUACGUGUCCUGCAAAACCUGCAAGCGCACCGUCGAGAGAUACGUCUGCAAGUGACAGACCGUCUUCACCAAUAGACCUUGUGUGACCCUUUUUUUUUAGAGCCAUAAGUGAGUGGAUAAUCCUUUCCCAGGCAGGAAAGUGGAGAAAGAAGAGCCGGAGUUGAGGAAUAUGGGAUGGUGAAAGAGUUAAUGAAUGGCUGUAGACAAAGAACCCUGCAGUGAGACCCUUCAGGCUCCCCACCGAAAACCAGAGAUAAGUAGAGGCAAAACUCAUCAACUCCGGCACUGAGGGGAAGAGACUGGGGGAAGGGACUGUGCUGGGAAGACACUUACUUUACUGUGGUAAAACUUCACGCGUUGAUGGCCUGCCCGGAUCGGUUUUGUUUUGGUCAGAUGAAUUUCACGAGCUGGACGUGAUGGACAUCAGAUUAGUUCGGUUGACGUCAGAUGUUCUCUGCACUCAGUAUUGAUUUAUGAAAGGUUGACGACACUAUUUUUAUAGUAAAGUAACUUACAGCAAUAGGACAAACGAGACUGCUUGGAAAUUAACAACUUCUAGUUGUGUGUUUGAGUAAAAAAUAGUUUUGUUUUGCAAAAUACUGAUGAUUUUGUAGUCAUUCAGAGCAGAAAAUGAUUAUGAUAUUUUAAAUUGUUUUAAAUAACAAAAAAAAAUGCCAUGUGUAUGUUAAUUUUUCCAAUAUUUUAAUUUCAGAUAAGUCAUUACAGUGGAAUACCCUGGAUUUGUAGACACUUUGUUAUUCUGACCAGUUGUCAUUUAGAGAGAGAAAAAAACACUGUAAAUGACCAUAUUUAAUUUCUCAAAUUACAGAAUAAUUUUGAUAUUAACAUUUUACUCAAGCACAUAAAUAGAAAAAAAAACUGUUUGAAAAACAUUUUUCCAUAGCUAUUUUUGUGAUGUCUAUUAAUAUUUUCAUUGCAUUCAUAAAAAGAAAAAUGAAAGCCAUGCAUUUCAGCCUGAAAAAAAACUUGUACAUUGUCUGUAAAAAAUGAAAAUUUGUAUUUAUUUUAUUAAAAUAUUUAAUGCAAAAA